UCUCCGGCCCCCAGAAACGGAGCGAAACUCCCCGAAAUCGAAAGCAGAUCACCCUCGCCCACCUGCUGCCCUGCCCCCACCCCGCCUCGCCAGUCGCCGCCCGUCGCCGGCGGGCCCCCUUCGCCGGAUCUCCUCGGCCGCGCGGAUCGACCUCGCGCGCGUCCGAGAUGAGGUGAUGUCGGACUCGGAGCCCAGCAGGGUCCCCAGGUGGAUCUGAAAACUGGUACAAAAUGGACAACCCGCUGAACCUCCCUCCUGGUUCGGUGCAGCCAAACUUCGGCUCGGCCUUCUACGCCCGCAAGCCAGGAAGUGCUGCAACAGCGGUAUCGCUCUCCCAGGCGCUGCCACUGUGGCCUCCAGUGCCAUGGCCUACACUAAUGGUUAGGAAGCACCACAUGCCAUUUCCUGCUCAACCCGCAGCUAAGAAGCUGCAGGUGCGGCGUUCGCCUGUGCUGUCACAAGAUUUACCAUUGCGGGAGGCAUUGCAAGUUGCAGAGCUGCCACCACCAAGGGUACAACUGCGCCCAUUGCAACAGGCACCCCCAGUUCUGAAACAAUCGUUGCCCAAGACGGAGGUGCCGGUGGUGCUGCCAAUGCGUGCAACCUCUGUAGACGUGAGAUGGAAUGCUCGAUAUCCGUGGAGUGAAACAUCAUGCGAAUCCACAGACAGGACAUCAAGGAGGAAACAAUGCAAGUGCAAGAACUCGAAAUGUCUGAAAAAGUAUUGUGAGUGUUUUGCAUCAGGUAGAUACUGCAAUGAUUGCAACUGCAAAAACUGUUAUAAUAAUGUUGGUCAUGAGGCUGCAAGACAGGAUGCUAUCGAUGCUGCAAUGGAAAGGAAUCCUAUGGCCUUUAUGCCCAAAAUUGGGAACAUCCCUCCACAUGCAGCCCAGAACUGCGAGUUUAAAGUAGCAGAAGGCCCUCUUGUGGGUAAGCACACGAAGGGGUGCCACUGCAAGAGAUCCGAGUGCCUGAAGAAAUACUGUGAGUGCUUUCGAUCUAAUAUUCUUUGUUCAGAGAACUGCAAAUGUAUGGAUUGCAAGAACUAUGAGAGCAAUGAAGAUAGGAAAGCAAUACGACGUAUCACCCGGCACCAGCAGCACCUUGUCUAUGCACAUCAUAUGCAGAAUCCUGCUAUAAUGGGUAUUACUGGACCAUAUGCGGCUCUUUCUCCUGCAGCAGAAAAGCUCUCCAAUCUCUCAGUGGCUUCUUCAGGCAGAGAUCAGCUCAUCAGCAACAAUGAUUCUUCACAAGUGACUUCGUCUUUGCUCACUCCUGUACCUAUAGAAGGCACUAAAAGUGCCGUCAAAGUAGAACCGCAUGGAGUUACUUACAGGCCACUUUUAGCUGAUGUUAUCCAGAUAGAGAAUGUCAAUGAGCUCUGUAAAGUAUUGCUUCUAGUAUCAAGGCAAGCUGCUGGAGCAUCCGUAGGUGUUAAGGAGAACAUAAAUAGAAGAAAAUUAGAUCGAGCUGAUAGUUGCCUUUCUUCCAUAAACCAUGACACGGAAGCAGUUGAGAAACAGCGCGAUGAACAAGUCUGCUUAACAGAAAACAGUUUAACCGCAGUUCCUGUUUCUGAAGUAAGGGCAGGAACGCCAAGAUCCGACCCUACUGAUACAUGUAAGUAUGACAGAAGACCGGUGUCCCCUGAAACCCAGGAACUGAUGUGUAACGAGCAAGAUCGGCUUUUCCUGACACCAAGCGUUGCAGCUGUAAUUCCCUCGGCCACCAAACAGAGAUUGCCAGACACUUACAAAGAGCAAGAGAAGCGUAUUCUGAAAACCUUGCAUGACUAUCUUGGUGAGCUUGUCAACUGCGGAAGGCUUCAUGAAGAGAAGCUCUCUUUGAUGUCAUCGAAGUUCUUGCACGAGCGAACUUCUGUCGGUAGCAGCUGCGGUUCGUUGUCCAUAUCGAGGGUCACAGAGGUUGCUAGGGUUGGACAAACAAUCCGACAGUCGCUCCAUUCUCCAGCAAGUGUCAAGUCACCAGGUCUGUAGCCGAUUCGAGAAGUGGGAUGAGCAGCCCAGUGCCAUGAGCAUGCUGUAGCCAGAAUGAGCGUUUCAUUGCCUGCGCAAAAUGGCCGCCGACAAUGGCAUAUAGCAAACCUAGAGCGCUAACCUAGAGAACCUGAUGGGUGGAUUUCAGGAUUUGGUUUGAGCAUGACUCAAUCCUUAGAUGCUAACCUUCUCUGAGUAUUAUCACUCAUCCCUUUUGUACUAGACACAUGAAUUGCCUUGCCAAUUGAAGUCUCACGUACGUCCUGGACAUGA